UAUGCAACAAAAGCAAGCGGAUGGAAUAAAUCGAAAUAGCCUUGAAAUUCAGAUUUCCAUAACUCACCUUAGAUACGGCGCUGUCUCUCGGAGAAAACGGGAUUGUGUUUCGGGAAGACACAGGCUCUGACACAUGAAAAGAAGAAGCGUCCAGAUUCAUAGUUGGAGUUGAAGUCUGCUUAUCUUUUACACGCAGUCUGAUCUGCACAAGGCAGCAUUUCAGAUCAGAUUUCAGAUUCACUUCAGACCAGCUGGAAGAGCAGAGAGCGAGAAAGAGGGCUUCCCCUCUGGCUCUGUGUCUUGGAAAACUCCGGAGCGCGAGAGUGCGAACCAGAACGUGGAACUCCCGAACCCGGGUGGGAAGGAAUUUGGUCAAGGAUUCUCUUUUGUGAGAUUGACGCGAAGGUGAGAGAUUAUAAAUAGAUCGGAAGAAAUGGACGAGCAGCCGCGGUUGAUGCACUCUCAUGCGGGAGUAGGGAUGGCAGGGCACCCCGGCUUGUCGCAACACAUGGAAGGCACGGGAGGAACGGAAGGCGAUGGGAGAAAACAGGACAUUGGAGACAUUUUACAGCAAAUAAUGACCAUCACAGAUCAGAGUCUGGACGAAGCUCAAGCCAGGAAACACGCCCUGAAUUGCCACAGGAUGAAGCCUGCUCUCUUCAACGUCUUGUGUGAAAUUAAAGAGAAAACAGUGCUGAGUAUCCGUGGCGCCCAGGAGGAGGAGCCUCCAGAUGCCCAGCUCAUGCGAUUGGACAACAUGUUGCUGGCGGAGGGCGUGUCUGGACCUGAGAAAGGGGGCGGUUCUGCAGCGGCUGCGGCUGCAGCUGCAGCCUCAGGAGGCGGGGCAGGAGCGGAUAACUCAGCGGAACACUCGGACUACAGAGCCAAGCUCUCUCAGAUCAGACAGAUCUACCACACAGAGCUGGAGAAAUACGAGCAGAUGGUAUCCCAUGGCGGAUGGAGGGGGGAGAGUUACACAGGGAGUCAUGGCAACGGAAACAAGGCUUGUAACGAGUUCACAACCCAUGUGAUGAACCUGCUGAGGGAGCAGAGUCGCACGCGGCCCAUCUCUCCCAAGGAGAUUGAGCGCAUGGUGGGGAUCAUCCACCGUAAGUUCAGCUCCAUCCAGAUGCAGCUCAAACAGAGCACCUGCGAAGCCGUCAUGAUCCUGCGCUCACGCUUCCUCGAUGCCAGACGGAAAAGACGGAACUUCAACAAGCAGGCGACAGAGAUCCUGAAUGAGUACUUCUACUCCCACCUGUCUAACCCCUACCCUAGUGAGGAGGCCAAGGAAGAGCUGGCCAAGAAGUGCUCCAUCACAGUUUCACAGGUUUCCAACUGGUUUGGAAACAAAAGAAUCAGAUACAAGAAAAACAUUGGAAAGUUCCAGGAAGAAGCCAAUAUGUAUGCUGCCAAAACUGCAGUCAACGCGACCAACGUAUCCUCACAUGGAAGCCAGGCUAAUUCGCCCUCCACCCCAAAUUCUGCAGGUUCUGCUGGCUCUUUUAACAUGUCAAACUCCGGCGACUUGUUCAUGAGCGUGCAGUCUCUCAAUGGGGACUCGUACCAAGGUGCUCAGGUUGGAGCCAACGUGCAGUCACAGGUGGAUACCCUUCGCCAUGUUAUCAGUCAGACAGGCGGAUACAGUGAGGGCCUCACAGCCAGCCAGAUGUACAGUCAACAGAGCAUCAAUGCAAACGGAGGCUGGCAGGAUGCAACCACCCCCUCAUCAGUGACAUCACCCACAGAAGGACCUGGAAGUGUUCACUCUGACACGUCCAACUGAUCCCUCCACCCUCCACCACCAUCCGGACACCCCCGACCUCCACCCUCGAUCAGCCAGCCCCCAGUCAGCUCCCCUUCAGAACGGGAGGUAUCACUAGACUGGUCACAGAGCAAGAGACCUCUCUCUACAGGUGGGGACUACAGGAUGAAACGCCAUCAUCACCACCACAGACAGUUCUUCAUGUCUUAUGUCCCGUCUCUACAACCAACUAUGACACAGUCAGUCAGUAGCCUGAGUAAGGCUCUGUUCUCCCAUUUAUCUACGACCUCAUUCACUGUCUGUCUGUACAGUUUUCUUCACCAGAUAUCCAUGUUGCCUCUGUGUGAUCUGACUUAUAACACAGCAGGCAAAUAGUUACAACACGUAUACACAGUAUUGCCCGUAUCUUGUAAAUUGAAAUGCUUUUCUCACUACCUCUAUUGAAAAUAACAACAAUACAACAACUUCUAAAAAAGCAUAGUUUUCCUUUCUUCGUAAUAACUGACAUUGACAGUAGCUCCCAAUCUCCCUUGUCCUGUCUCAAGGCUUGUUUUGAGGACAGUUUUGCCUUUGUGUCAACUUUUACCCUAUAUAAUUACUUAAUUCCCAACAUUUGUUUUGUCCAUAGUGCCAAAGUUCAACACAGGAGGGGAAUUUUUAUAUGACAUUGUGCUUGUGGAAAAAUACAUAUCCAUCUGACGUUUCACAUCUUUUACUGUGGCUUAAUAACAUGUCUGGUUAGUAGCUAACAAUGGGAUGAUUUGAAAGGAGAACCUUGAGAUUCAAAUGUUCCUCCUCAUUUUAGGCAUUCUGUUUCAGAGCUUCUACAAUGGUCAAUAAAACAUGACACAUUUUUAGUGCAACAAUGGCGUGUGUUCUGUUCAUACUGAAUGAGUGGUCAACAAUGCAUAAGCAAAACACAAAAGAGUAACGUUAUACUCCAGAACUAAUGGAAGGGAUGGUUUGGAAGGUUAUAAAGAAAUGGAUCAUGGUGAUUCUAGCUUCAUGGUGAUUCCAGCUUCAUGGUGAUUCCAGCUUCAUGGUGAUUCCAGCUUCAUGGUGAUUCCAGAUAAAUUUUUUAAACUGAUACUCAGUCCACACUACAAAUAGAGCAAGAAGCUUAUAGCUUCAUGGUGAUUCUAGCUUCAUGGUGAUUCUAGCUUCAUGGUGAUUCUAGCUUCAUGGUGAUUCUAUCUACUGGAAUUCUAAUGCAUUUCCUGCACUUGAUAUAUUGUUUGUAGUGUGGACUGAGUAUCAGUUUAAAACAUGUAUCCGGAACACUUAAUCAGUGGGUACAUUAGCAUCAAUUAAAAUAAGCAAAUAUAAUGUCUUUAAGCACAGUCACUUCCAGUGAUUACCCUAUGAAGGGUAACAUAUGUAUUUGUCAAAGGGAAGAACACAGUACAGAGAACACACAUUAAUAAUAUGCUUGUAUCAUUUUCAUAUUUUGAACAUAUGGUGUGUGUACAUACAUACAUACAUACAUACAUACAUACAUACAUACAUACAUACAUACAUACAUACAUACAUACAUACAUACAUACAUAUACACACACCCACCCACACACACACACACACACACACACACACACACACACA